AAAGUGAAUAAGUGAUUAAAGAUUAACUGUAAAAACAUAAAUUGUAUAUAUUUUUGUAUCCCUGUAUCCCGGGGCCGGUGGUUGGCUAGGCUGGAAAACAGCUGAUCCUGUAUCCGCAAAUCAGAGUUCAAAUCUGCAAACACAAAGAAAAUUCGCAAACUACAUUUCAACGAAUUAAAACAGAAAUUACUAAAAAAUUUGAUCAGAUUUUAGUUAAACAAUGAUUGAGGUUCCCUUACCGGAUAUGCUGGGGUACAGUUCUAAGCACAGUAAAAAGAGUUCACAAUGCCCGCAUUGUGGUCGAGAAUUUACCAAUCUUAAACAUCAUAUUAAUCAACAACAUUCACAGGUGAAGAAUUACGAGUGUGGAGACUGUGGUUACAGUUGUUAUCUGAAAACUGAUCUGGAGCGCCAUAUUCUCAAUGUUCAUGACAAGCAAAGAUCUCCCUGUCCUAUCUGUGGUAAAUCCUACAGUGAUCUUAGACAGCAUAUUCGACUAGUUCAUGAAGGACAUAAGCUGCAGUGUCCUGAAUGUAACAAGAAAUAUACAAACCUAAGCCAGCAUAUAUCAAAGGUUCACAAGAAGAGUAGAAAUCUAAUGUGUGAGAAGUGUGGCAAUGUAUUCUCCUCCCCGGCACAGCUAAAGAAACAUGAAAAAGAUCAACAUUAAAAUAAAAUAUAUGAUUUUCAAAAAAAUAUUUUACAAUUUU